AUGUCAUUACCUCUCCUCGAUUCCCUCGCAACACCCACUUCAGCUGCGUCCACUGAGAACAGGCCUCUACCAAGCCUCAACCUGAAGAAGCGAACAAACCCAACGAGCAGCAUUGGUAACUCCAGGAUGAACCUACAUGCCAGGGCAAAGAGCCAGGAGAGGAAGCAUCUCAUCAGGACAGCACCACGAGUACCGGAUACCCUUGGAGGCGACGGGGCUACAGGUGGUCGACGAGUUCCGGCCUUCAAGCUUCGCAUGAGACCCUCGAGCGACCCGGCCACAAGGACGCCUGUGCAGAGGGUAUCCUUCGUGCCCCUCACUGCCCCAGUUCAGUCCAAGAGCUCAACAGCAACAGAGUCAUUGAUAACACCCGCACCGGUAGUGCCUCUUGCUCACUUGCCAACCAAUCUCUUGUUCCCAGACAUUCCCAGCAGCGGUAGCUCCAGGAGGCGGUUCGUGCUCAAGCCCAAGAAGCCCCUGGCUACCAGAUCCUACCAGUCACAAGUACUAGUUGGUGCUCCAUGGUGA